AGUCGGCGGAAUCAUUUCGAGGGUCCAGUGGCAUGUCCAAGAACUGCUUUUUCUGUUUAUUGUCUUCAAUACACACUUCAUCAUGGACUUGAGAACGGUGAACGAGCUGCUGGCUGGUAGCGUUGGCGGGGCUGCGCAAGUACUCGUCGGGCAACCUCUCGACACGAUCAAGACGCGUGCUCAAGUUGCUCCUAAGGGGAUGUUUAAAGGUCCCAUGGAUAUUCUGAUACAGACUGUCCGCAAGGAGGGCUUCUUCGCUCUUUAUAAAGGAAUGGCCAGCCCUUUGAUUGGCAUUGCUGGUGUUAAUUCAUUACUCUUUGCCGCAUACGGCACAUCCAAACGAAUCAUAUCUCCAUUCCCUCAACUAUCACUGAAAGAAAUAGCUGCUGCUGGCGCUAUGGCAGGUGCAGCUAACGCUAUUCUUGCUAGUCCAGUGGAAAUGUUCAAGGUCCGCAUGCAGGGUCAGUAUGGCUCCAAGGACGAUAAACGUCUGCGUGCAGUUGUUCGCGAAAUGUGGUCAAAUUGGGGCUUUCGUAACGGCAUUAUGCGCGGUUAUUGGGUAACAGUAGCCCGAGAGAUUCCCGCUUACGCUGGAUUUUAUACAGCGUUCGAAUUCUCAAAACGCAAAUUUGCUUCAAAGUAUGGCCAACAACUACCUGUGUGGGCAUUGCUUACAAGUGGGGCCACUGGUGGGAUCGCCUACUGGUUGGCUUGUUACCCGCUAGACGUCGUCAAGUCCCGCAUUCAAUUACGUCCUGAACCGCCCAAAGGCACACCUGUGCAAUACAUCGCUCGCGAAAUCAAGACUAUUCUGGUAGAGUCUGGAGUAGCUGGUCUAUUCAGGGGUCUUUCGCCAUCUCUUAUCCGAAGUAUACCUGCUGCUGCCAGCACGUUUGCCGCUUUCGAGAUUACGAGAGAGUAUCUACAGGAAUUCACUGGAGUAUAAUGCAUUGCGUUCUUGGCCACAUAUCUUGUUGAGGAAGAAAGACUUAUCCGCCAUUACGAGCGAUGGACCUUUGUGGGAGAAGGCCGUUCACCACACUGUCGAGAGUGAGUAGUGAAUAUUCGCAGGAAGUUGCACCUAGUCCUGAGGAGAAUGCACAUAUGCGUGCAAGACCUUUUGAACCAACUUCCGGUCAAAUUAAGGAUAUUCGGCGCUGGCUUUAUCAUGAUCUUUGUCUCAAUCGUC